CGUUUUCAAGUGAAAUACCCUAUAUAGUUCAUUCGGGACGGACUUUAGCGCGUUAAUGGUAAUGAGAGUAGCCUAAUGUCUGUUCGUUUUGUUUUGGGGUCACUGAGUAAUGUUAUUGUGUUUACUGUGAAGCUCUAUCGAUGGGUGUUUUGAAAGUUUACCUUGUUGCAGGUAUACAUAUUUUCUAUUCGAAGUUGUCUAAACAUUUUUGAGCGAACUGUAUUGCCUUAUGCGCAUUUCAUUAUUUGCGAAAAUGACUUGUUUUUACAACAAUAUCCCACAUCCGUGCGAGGGAGAUAUUACAUACAUUCCCUUGAAUUAUGACCAUUUCUCCUUUCAGGCUACUGUAUUUUACUGUAUCAGGUCUCCAUGCGUUCAACAGCUGUUGAUACAAAGUAUCCUGUGCGUAAAGCUUCGAGGAUAGACAUAUGGCUACUGUAUUCUACAUCUGGAAUUCAUUCUCCAGUCGCUGAAAGCUACUCUGUAGAAUGGUUUCAUUUUGAAACAGCGAAUACUUAUAUUCCUGCAUACUGUAAUAGUGAAUAUAUCCAUAUCUGCAGCAGUACACCGGUCUUUGGCAGUAGGCUGUAGGGGAAAUAUUCGAUGUCAGUCUCUGCAGUCAAGAAUGUUGAUGUGCGGUGAUUGUCGUGUACAGAUGGCUGGCUUCACUGCAGGCGCGUGCCACUGGCAAAAACAUUGGCGCCUGUUCUGAUUGGAGUUUCGUUUGGAAUGAACACUGCUGUAGGCCUACAAAUAUUGAUGUAGCCUAAAUUAUUACUGUUUUACAAAAUGUAUACUGGUGUAGCCUAUUUGAUCUCAAGGUUAUGUUGGUUAUGUUUUGCACUUUGAGUGUUGGACAUCUUAUCUUUUAUUACAUUUUCCCCCACAUCACUCUGGAUCAACUUGAAUGAAAUUUCGGAUGGAACCUGGCUGUGCUGUAUGAAUUAUCAUGGGUGAAUCGUCAUGACGACAGAACCAAAUUCAGAGUCCAGCGCGGACCAGCAGGAGGCCAGUGCGGUUCCACUCCUGGAGGCGGACUCUUUCCCCCCGGCUGCCGCCCACAGCACGCCUGUCAAGAAGAAGCAGAAGGGCGAGAGAGCGGAGGGAGGCGUGGUCCCACAGGAGAAUCAGCUUGAGCCAUCGCAGGUGGAGGAGGACAGGACCUCACACAGGUCGUCCACCAGUAAGCUGUCCAGGUCUCCCGGUGGAGGCCGGAGCGUCCGCAGCUACAAGACCAUGCAGUGCAAGAUCACCCUGCUUGAUGGCUCCGACUACACCUGUGUGGUGGAGAAACGGGAGAGAGGCCAUGUGUUAUUCCACAAAGUUUGUGAGCAGCUUAACCUCCUGGAAAAGGACUACUUUGGCAUCACAUUCCGGGAUAUCGAAAACCAAAAGAACUGGUUAGACCCAUCUAAAGAGAUGAAGAAACAGAUCAGAGGUGCGUGGAAUAUGGGAGUCGCCUGGAAUUUUUCAUUCAACGUGAAGUUUUACCCUCCAGACCCUGCCCAGCUGUCUGAGGAUAUUACAAGAUAUUACCUGUGCCUCCAGUUGAGAGAUGACGUGGUGUCGGGGCGUCUGCCCUGCUCCUUUGCCACCCACACGGUGCUGGGAUCCUACACAGUCCAAUCAGAGCUUGGGGACUACGAUCCAGAGGAGUCUGGGACAGACUACGUCAGCGAGUUCCGCUUUGCCCCCAACCAAACCAAGGAGCUGGAGGAGAAGGUCAUGGACCUGCACAAGAACUACAAAGGAAUGAUGCCAGCUGAGGCUGAGAUGCACUUCCUCGAGAACGUGAAGAAGCUGUCCAUGUACGGAGUGGACCUUCACCAUGCCAAGGAUUCCGAGGGUGUUGAGAUCAUGUUGGGCGUGUGCUCCAGUGGUCUUCUGAUCUACCGCGAUCGCUUGCGCAUCAACAGGUUCGCCUGGCCCAAGGUCCUCAAGAUCUCCUACAAAAGGAAUAAUUUCUACAUCAAAAUACGCCCUGGAGAGUUUGAGCAGUUUGAAAGCACAAUUGGGUUCAAGCUCCCCAACCAUAGGGCGGCCAAGAGAUUAUGGAAGGUUUGCGUGGAGCACCACACCUUUUUCAGGUUGGUGUCUCCAGAAACUCCCCCCAAGAAGUUCCUAAACCUGGGUUCUAAGUUCCGCUACAGCGGGAGAACCCAGGCCCAGACUCGACGAGCGAGCUCCCAGAUCGUCCGCCCAGCGCCCUGCUUUGAGCGCUCCACCAGCAAGCGCUACAUCAUGUCUCGCAGCCUGGACGGAGCUCCGCAGAGUUCACCCAAAAGGAGUUCACCCAAAAGGAGUUCACCCAAUAGGAGUUCACCCAAAAGGAGUUCACCCCCAAAAACUGUAUCACCGAGAAUUAAACCACCUGCUAGUUUAAACGGCACUAAACCAACAGAGAUGGGCUCGGAUCUAUACGGAAGGGCGAAGGGCAUUGCCGUGAGUGACCUCAUCACCACAGUGACACCGGAGAAAAAGGUGGAAGAGAGGAAGGCAGAGGAAGAGGUAGAAGUAGAGGUGCAGGUGGAGGUGGAGGAGGAAGACGAGACCACGAAAGCCACCGAGAUGUCUCAGCCAAGUCCAACCUCUCCCAUUCGACAUGACACCAAGACGGAACUGACUGACACUUGUGUCGAUGGUGAACUGACAGCUACUGAGAACAGUUUCAUAAGGCGAAUUAAAGGAGAGAAUGUGUUUGUCAGACAUAGUGUGCUGAUGUUAGAGGACACAGUGGGCACGCCAGAGGAGCUGUUGAAACACGCAACCAACAUCAGCGAGCUCAAGAGGUCGUUCCUGGAGACGGGCGCCGACACGGCCGGCCUCACCGAGUGGGAGAAGAGGCUGUCCUCGUCCCCCCUGCGCUCGCUGCGUCUCGACGAAGCCCCUAUGAUCGAACCACUGGAGCUCGAUGAAGUACCGAGCAAAGAGGAUGAGAGAGAGGAUGAGAGAGUCAUGGCUGCAGGUGGUAGCAUUGAGGAGGAGAUCAACCACAGCCCUGUGGAUACUAAGACUACUGUGGAUUCUGACGGGUGGGUAAUAGUAAGUAAAGUCCCUCCUAAGGUAACCGAAAAGAAAAUCAUUGUCAACUAUAAAGUUAUGACCGUCACUAACACUGUGGCCGAAGGAGCGCUCGCCGGCACCAGUGGUGGCAUAGUCGGCAAGGAGUUGAAAGCGUAUGAGAGCUUCCGCAGCGAACUCCCCUCCAAAACCGAGGAGAUGAGAGAGAAGAACUAUACCCUGGGCAAGUCCUAUGACACAAUGUCAGGCAAGAUUGUCACAAUGACAAAGCGGGCCAAAGAUGGUGGGGAGGCGGUGGCGGCUGCUCCGGCAGCGUUUGCCAGGGAGCUGAAGAGGGCAGCAGACCAAUCCACCACCACAGUGAAGAUCAUCCCAGUGUCGACUGAGUAUGAGAUGCCGGUGUCUGUCCACAUGGGUCUCCCACCCCAGGAGGGAAUCGGACCCCCCAUGAUUACCAUCAAGGAGGCCAGGACGCCCUCUCCAUCCGAGCCCAGCAACGGUGCCCUGGGCCUGGGCACCGUGCGGACCAUGGUGUCCAUCCGCUCCAGCCAGGACAUCAGUGAUGCCGCGAGAGCGGACAGCAGGAAGCAGCUGAGGGAGACUUUUCUCCUGGGAGACAGGAGCACCACCCCUGUUGCACCUCACACACCUCUCUCGCCACGCUCCCCCAUGGCCAAGUCACCUAUGGCAAAGUCUCCCAUGACAAAGCCCAAGCCUCCAAUGGAGGAUCUGCGUCUGAGCCCCGGCCCCGUGUCCUAUCUAUCCAGAACCCCAUCGCCCUCCAAAGUGCCUAAGCCGACCUUUGAGGAGAUGUCCCCGGAGCUCACCGCUCUCUUACAUUCGGCCCGAUAUCAGACCAGCACGGGGGGUUGGACUGCCUCGCCUGCCCAUAGUCAGGCCCUGCUCAAGACAACAGAGAAGGUGGAGCGGAUCGUGCUGCAGACAGAGGUGGUAUCAUCACAGCAAACAGAAGAGGUUGAGGAUCAGCCGGCAGAGGACCAGGAGCAGCCGGUGGAGAAACAGCCUGACGGCAUGGAGAAACAAGCUGGUCAGCAGCCUGAGCAGACGUCUGCGCUGGAGUCUCCAGAGGUCCUGACCUUCAACAGGGCAGACGUGAUGGAGGAGACAGAGAUGCUGGUGCCCCAGGGCGUACCUGUAAUACACACGGAAAUGAAAACCAUCACAUACCGGUCACUAGAGGGUGACGCUGACACUGAUCCAGAGGCGGGGGUGUUGAUGAGCGCCCAGACCAUCACCUCAGAGACCACCAGCACCACAACAACCACACAUAUCACCAAGACUGUGAAAGGAGGAAUCUCGGAAACGAGGAUCGAGAAGAGAAUCGUCAUCUCGGGGGAUGCAGACAUAGACCAUGACGAGGCCCUGGCUCAGGCCAUAAAAGAGGCCAAAGAGCAGCACCCUGACAUGUCAGUGACCAAAGUAGUGGUCCACAAAGAGACUGAGAUCACGCCCGAGGAGGGCGAAGAGUGACCGCAGGAUUGAAGGAUCACUGGGUUCACCGACGUUUCAGGGGCAUUCUGUUAACGUUACUUCACGCUCUUCAGAGUAUGAGAUGCAAGCUGGAUAGUGACGUGGCCAACGGACAACACACCACUGUAGAGGACACUACUAUACUACUCCGUCUGACUACUACUGGACUAACCGAACCCACACUCACCAACACUACUGGCAAACACAGACCUCCAAAGCUGGUCAGACCUUCAUUGGAACAUGUAUACUGCAUGAAAAGGGAUCAUUUCUGCAUUUUGUAAAGGAGAAAACAAAUACAUUGGAGGAAAUAUCAAAUUAUAUACAUGUUUUACUUGACCUGUGCACUCAGGCUCGAAGGGAGAAGAAUGUAUGUCAUGAGAGUUUUGAGUUAUGAUAGUAUACUCGGUUUUAUUUAUUAUCGAACUACAAUAAUAGUAGCUAGGCUGAACGUGUAUGAUGGCACAAUAUUUAUCCAUGCAAUAGAUGUGACAUUCAUCUUGCCAUACGUCCCCUUAUUUAUCCCAAUGCUGAUUUUAUUCCAUUUUACAUACAGUAUUGCCUAGAAAAAGGCAAAUAUAAUAUGUAUGGUACGUACAUUUGCUUAGUAGACCAUAUACCCUCAAAGAUGAUUUUGUUGUUUUUACUUUAAUUGUAAAUAAGUUCAUUUGGUUUUCCUUCAAUUACAAAGUAAAGAUGAGUAUAAUGAGGCAAGAUCUCAUAGAAUUGUGUUAGAAGGGAAUGUUAAACAGACUCCAUUACUGUGACUUCCGAGUUGAUCAAGAAAACCCUUAUAAUAUAUGUAUUCACAUGGUGGUCGGUGGAUUGAACAUUCUUGUUGGGUUGUAUCUGAAAUGACACCCUAUUACCUAUAUAGUGGGCUUUGGUCAAAAGCAGUGCACUAUGUAGAGAAUAGAGUGCCAUUUUAGACAGUCUUGCUCAUUCUUAAAUCAUACCCAGAAUGCACCUCUUAUCCCUGCGUGGCACAUCCAAGCCUUAAAACUGUGAAGAACGGACAGACAACCUCCACUACAACCCUGCAAUGUGUGUUUUAUUUCUCCAAGGCCGAUGUGUCAGCGGCCAUCCAACACAGGGGCAUCAUGCUCAUUGAACCUGAGGUGACAUGCUCCCCUCAAUGUAAACAACUGGGAUGAGAAUGAAGACAUAUGUUUGGUCAUCGGUUCCCCCUCAGAUAUUAGGAGCAUGAUGCCUCUGAUCCCACUCCCCUCGACUCAACAGCUGCAAAAUCAUCCAUGUUGAAUGUGUUUCCCACAAGAUAAAUAAAAUGCUAAAUUCA